AUGGAAAACUCUAAUAAUUUUGCAACGAUUGGGAAAAUAACUAUCUUUAUUGCUUUCGUUUGUAAACUUGGUUUCUUUUCCGGUCUCAUUACAUACUUAAUUGCAGAAUAGAUCUUUCACUGCAUCUUGAGAGUUCUAUUUGGAUUGAGAAAAAUUCCUGAUGGAUUAAACAUUAUGUUUUAUAAAGCAAAAACUUAAGUAGUCUUUACAGUGUUUACUUAAUCCAAAUUAAAAGACACUGAUAGUGUGAGGAAAUAAAUACUCAAAUAUUCUUGGGAUAUUCCUGAACUUAGAUAUCACGCAGUUAGCUUCUUGAACUACCACUAUUACAAACAAUUUUCUGAUUAAGAGUUUAAAAGAUAACUUGAUCGAAGCAUUAUUCAUAUCUAAGAUGACUUUAAAUCAGAACAGGAUCUAGUUUAAUAUAUAAAGAAUCAAGAAUAAGUGAAUUUCCGAUAAGAUGAACUACAAUAUAGAAUCCGCAUUAAAUAAGACUUUAAUGCAACUCAAUCAGCAGUAAUUUUUAGCUAUUGUCAUGGAAUUUGUGAUGGGGUUGGAUUUUAAAAUCUUUUCUCAGCACUCCAGGAACAGUUUGAUCCAUAAAAUACUCCGCUAGUAAGAGAAAGAUCAAUGGCUGAGCAAUUUUGGAGAUAUCUUAAGGUUAUUGCAGCACCCUAUUAUUUCCUUAUUACCAUACCUAAAUUUUCUAAGUCAUCUACUCUAUUUGAAAAAUCAGAGUCCAAUAAAAAUAAAAUAGUUCUUUCCAAUGACAUGAUGAUCGAUGAUCUUAAAAUUAAAAUAUGUCGGAAACUAAAAUGCGGGAUUAAUGAUCUUCUUUUGGCUGCAAUGACUAUUGCACUUAAGUAGAAUCAAGAUGAAAGAGGAAUAGCUAAGGACUUUAAGAGUUUAGAAUUAUGUCUAGCAGUUAAUUAAAGAGAACCAGUAAAAAAAAGAAAAUUGAUUAGAGUGAAGUAGAUCAGCAGGUUUAGGUUUUACUUGAACAGAUCAAAAGCAAAGUUUUGA